UUAAUUGACACCUCAUUAGAUAUUCAUAGAACAUGGAGGCUAUAACUGGUCGUUUUUAUUCACUUUUAGACUGGAUAAAGAAGCAAGUCCCUCACCUGGAUUAUGAAGGACAAAGACUAGCGGAAAAAAUCUAUCAUUAUGUUAUUAUUCUCUUUAGUGUGGUUGGUUUGAUCUGGGGAUACAUAAUCCAACAGUUUGAUCAAACGGUAUACAUUAUACUGGCUGGAUUUGUUUUGGCAGCAAUACUAGUUUUGGCUCCGUGGCCUUGGUACAGGCGUCAUCCAUUGCCAUGGCAACAGAGUGACACACCCUCCUCAAGCAAAACGAAGACGAGUGGUAAAAAAGGUCGCAAGAAAUGAACAAUCACGUGACAUUAGUAUUGACAGGUUUCGAAUGAGAUCUGUUUGUGAUUUAUAACUAUUAAUAAUUCAUCAAAAUCAUUAUUAAUAAUCUCUUGACGUCAUAAAAGUA